AGACGGUCCGAAUUUAUUCCUGAAAACCGUUUAUCAGAUUUCAACCAUAUCUCAACGACGUAAUUCACUCAAACAUAACUCCAUCAUCUCCUCAAGACUCUUCCCUCUCUCUCUCUCUCGCAGUCUUGCUUCAAUUUUUCCCACUUUGGUAAUCAGCAGCCACCUAAUUUCUUGAUUUCACAAAGAGAGAGAGAGAAUUAUAUCUGAGAUAGUUUUAUAUAUAUAAGGUGGAAGGUUGAGGAUGGAGAGAGAGGAGGUAGAGAAGCUUAAUAAUGGCGCAGAAGAAGAGUUUCAUAGUAGAGGUGGAGAAGGCGAAGGAAGCCAGAAAUGGAAGGCCUUCGGUUGGUCCUGUUUAUCGCAAUAUUGCCGCCAUGAACGGUUUUCCUCCUCCUUUGGAAGGAGUAGAAAGCUGCUGGGAUGUAUUUCGCAUGUCUGUAGAAAAAUAUCCUAAUAAUCCAAUGCUUGGUCGCCGUGAGAAUGAAAAUGGAAAGCCUGGUAAAUAUGUAUGGUUAACUUACAAACAAGUUUAUGGCUUGGUGAUGAAAAUUGGGAAUGCCAUCCGAGCUUGUGGUGUUGGGGAAGAAGGACGAUGUGGCAUUUAUGGUGCCAAUUGCCCAGAGUGGGUGAUGAGUAUGGAGGCUUGCAAUGCUCACGGGCUAUAUUGCGUUCCUUUAUAUGACAGCUUAGGUUCGGGUGCUGUAGAAUUCAUCAUUUGCCAUGCAGAGGUUUCAAUUGCAUUUGUCGAAGAGAAGAAGAUUCCUGAGAUGUUGAAAACAUUUCCGAACACAGCAACAUACUUGAAAACAAUUGUCAGCUUUGGGAAGGUUACACCAGAUCAAAGCUUAAAAGUGGAAAAGUUUGGCUUGAAAAUAUAUUCAUGGGAGGAGUUUUUGAAGCUGGGAGAUGAUAUGUGUGUUGAUCUUCCAGUGAAAAAGAAAAAUGAAAUUUGUACAAUCAUGUAUACUAGCGGAACAACUGGUGACCCCAAGGGUGUAAUGAUUUCCAAUGAUAGCAUUUUAACUAUUUUAGUUGGUGCAAAGCGCCAACUAGAGAGUGUAAAUGAAGCGUUAAGUGAGAAGGAUGUGUACAUUUCAUAUCUUCCUUUAGCUCAUAUCUUUGAUCGGGUGAUGGAGGAGUUAUUUAUUUUUUAUGGUGCCUCAAUAGGAUUUUGGCGCGGGGAUGUCAGAUUAUUGAUCGAAGACAUUGAAGAGCUAAAACCAACUACUUUAUGCGCCGUUCCACGUGUGCUGGAUAAAAUUUAUUCAGGUUUGACACAGAAGAUCUCUUCGGAAGGUUUCUUGAAACAAGCAUUGUUUAAUGCUGCCUACUACUACAAAUUAAAUAACUUGAAGAAGGGGCACAAACAUUUUGAUGCAGCUCCGAUUUGCGACAAAAUCAUUUUCAGCAAGGUAAAGCAAAGACUAGGGGGCAAUGUUCGACUUAUACUAUCUGGAGCUGCACCUCUUGCUAACCAUGUAGAAACUUAUCUACGAGUAGUGACAUGCGCCAAUGUUCUACAAGGAUAUGGUCUGACAGAAACAUGUGGGGGAACAUUUACCGCAGUAGCAAAUGAAUUAGAAAUGUUGGGUACUGUGGGCCCUCCAUUACCAAAUGUGGACAUACAUCUUGAAUCUGUUCCUGAAAUGGGAUAUGAUGCCCUUUCAAGCACACCAAGAGGAGAAAUAUGUGUGAGAGGGAAGACCUUAUUCUCAGGAUACUACAAACGUGAUGAUCUUACCAAAGAGGUCAUGGUUGAUGGAUGGUUUCACACAGGCGAUAUUGGCGAGUGGCAACCUGAUGGGAGCAUGAAAAUUAUUGACCGUAAGAAGAAUAUUUUCAAGCUUUCACAAGGAGAAUAUGUUGCUGUUGAAAACUUGGAGACCAUUUACAGUCUGGUUUCUGAUAUUGACUCAAUAUGGAUUUAUGGGAACAGCUUUGAGUCAUUCCUUGUUGCUGUCGUCAACCUGAACAAGCAAGCACUUGAAUGUUGGGCUGAAGAGAACAACGAAGACAGGGAUUUUAAUUCCCUUUGCAAAAAUCCCAGGGCAAAAGAAUAUAUACUUGGACAGCUAACAAAGAUUGCGAAAGAAAGAAAGCUGAAAGGUUAUGAGUUUAUCAAAUCUGUCCACCUUGAUCCUGUGCCAUUUGACAUGGACCGCAAUCUUCUGACUCCUUCAUACAAGAAGAAGAGGCCCCAGUUGCUCAAAUAUUAUCAGGAUGUGGUAGAUGACAUGUACAGAAGCACACGUAAGCCCAUUGCCUGAAGAUUAAACAAACUCACAGCUUGAAGGUCUCCCCAUAUGGCUGCCCUGUCUCAUGUAUUCUUGUAUUCCCCGCCCGACUGCAUAUGAGCUUCUGUAUAUAAAUGAUUAGAGUUCAAAAUUUAUGCACUGCUGCUAUGAGCCUGCGCAUACAUUGGUUAAGGUUAAAAAUUUGUGCACUGCAGAGAGUUUUCUUUUUCCUUUUCCGGUUU